UUGUUCAUCUUCCACACACUCAAGCUCGAAACAUCAAAUAUUUCCUAAGUACUGUUAGUAGUUUUUGAGUGGGGAAUAUGGCAAAGCUUCACAGGGUGGAAGGGCAAAUAGAGCUCAAGUGUGAAGCUGACAAGUACUUUGAUGUUUGGGCUCACAAAAUGUACCUUAUUCAAAAUAUGUGCCCAGAUAAAGUUCAGAAACCUGUGCUGCUUGAGGGGGCCUGGAAUAAAGUUGGUGCUCUAGUUAGUGGGAAUUAUGUUAUCAAUGAAAUUGGUGAAAAAGCAACCCUCAAGGCAAGGAUGAAUGAGAUAGAUGAAAAGGGCAUGUCAGUGAGGUACAGUUAUCAUGAUGGAUUUAUCAUGGAGAAAUACUACAAAAGCUUGACCUCCAAGGUGCAAGCAAUCCCAAAAGGUAAGGGUUGCAUUGUCAAGUGGAGCUUCGAGUAUGAGAAGAUGAAGGAAGAUGCUCCUGAUGCAAAUGUGUAUGUUGAUUUUAUGCUUGCCAUGUCCAAAGAUAUGUGUGCUUAUCUUUGCAAGGCCUAAUGACUAGCCAAUAUACUGCCAUGCAUGCAUGCAUCCUGUUGCACCCUAGAUAUGGCGAUUACUAAGUCAUGCAAGUAUGCAACUAGUUUGGUUAUUUACUCAUUUAUAAAUAAAUUGCUCGUGUAUCAGCUGGUCUUAAGAGAAAAUGGUUACUGGUUAUUGGAAUGUCAUUGUAGGUGUUUCAAUUAA